AUGACCUCAUCGAGAAGUACUAGUACUGUGGUUCAGCGCAGUCCACCUGCAGCAACGGCUCAGACGCAGAGCUCAGUGCCUGAUGACUGGACGGGCGACAACGAAGAUUACACAGGUCACGAGGAGGCCUUGUCUCCUGCUCCGGGUCAGCUGGAGGACAGAACUGCUGGCAGUGAUCUUUCUGACAGGGUCAUCUCUGAAGAUGAGUUUGAUGAGGGUAGAAAAGGAGGGCUGUCUGAUGAGGAGUUUGAGCCAUACUCGGAGAAGAGAGCCCACAGGGUCAACGUCCCAAAUAAGAGAAGAAAAAGCUCAAAGGCCCCAGAGGAGCCCAAAAUCAGAAAGAAGCCCGGACCCAAGCCAGGCUGGAAGAAUAAGUUCAAACCUAAGGGGGAGGAGCUCCCCAACAUCUACAAGUGUCCAUAUCAGGGUUGUACGGCUGUCUACAGAGCUCCCGAUGGUCUCAAGAAACACAUCAAGGAACAUCACGAGGAGGUGAGGGAGCGACCGUGCCCUCACCCUGGCUGCAACAAGGUUUUCAUGAUCGACCGCUACCUGCAGCGGCAUGUCAAGCUCAUCCACACAGAGGAGAGGAAUUACAUUUGUGACCAGUGCGGUCAAACCUUCAAACAAAGAAAACACCUAUCAGUUCACCAGAUGAGGCAUUCGGGGGCCAAGCCACUACAAUGUGAGGUUUGUGGCUUCCAGUGUCGCCAGCGAGCAUCACUGAAAUACCACAUGACCAAACACAAAGCCGAGGCCGACCUGGAGUUUGAGUGCUUGAUGUGCAGCAAGCGUUUCGAGAAGGCCCACAACCUGAACGUGCACAUGUCCAUGGUGCACCCGCUGACACAGGCUGAGGCUCAGAGGGGCAGCGGGCAGCAGCAGCAGACAUACCCGGACCUACACACCAUCACGCUGACCGGGGAGGUGGUUCAGCAAGAGCAAGACAGAUGACAGAAGGAAGUCUUGAUUCAAGGCAGAGAUACUUGAACUGUGGCACAGGACCCAGAAACAAAACAGCAAUGUAGCACGGAGUUUCAUUUUAGCAUCAGCAGUUGAGUUUUCAUCCAGUGUUCCUUCACACUGACGCUCAUGACCUUCUUAAGACUUUUCAGCCGAUUUGUUGACGACACAGCAGAAAAGACAUUAGGUAAGAGUUCAGUGUCAAAGCAAUGUUUCUUUACAUUGUGCAAUUAAUAUAACGAUUCAUGAGUUAUAUCAAUUACCUGAUAUUCUCUAACUGAGAGGCCAAAAGGACAAAUCAUCCAUCUUCUGCAACAAACACAUUGCUUCCUGUAACUGUUUCCAGAAUAAAACGGAUUGUUUAUUUGCUUUUAUUGUGAAAGAGCAGCAGUAGGAAAUGUGAGGCUGGCAGUCAGGAUGAGUAUAUGGAGUGGUUCACCAUAUAUCAUAUUAAAAGCUAGUACAAUUAUGACUCUAUGAAAUCUGAGGAUAAUAACUUGAAAAGAGAACAGUACGGUGGCCCUGAGAGCUCAACGCACUCAUCAUGCUGACUCUUGAAAGAUAAAACAACCACAAAUUCCAAAUACUGAAAAAGAUGCUGCCAGACAGAAAUAUUAGAAUAUGAACUAAAAUAAAAUUUUACAGUAAGUUAAAUCAGAUGUUUUACACUGCUGCUCACAGUCUGACAAUAACUGAUUUCGUAGGCUUUGUGAGUAAUCAGCUGUUAAGACCACCGUGUUGUUAAUCUUGAAUACCUUCAUUUAAUAUCUGACAUUCACAUUACUGACUGUGUAACCAGCUUAAAUGCAGCUGUAAUACUGAGACCUUCUCCAAGUAAAGCGUCUGUAUGUGCUGCAAUUCCAGGAAGUUUUCUUAUCGGCUCACUGCUUUUAUUAAGU